AUGUCGAAGCGAGGACAUGGUGGGUCCUCCGGAGCGAAAUUCCGGAUUUCCCUGGGUCUUCUUCCGGUAGGAGCUGUGAUCAACUGUGCUGACGAUACAGGAGCCAAAAAUUUGUAUAUCAUCUCUGUGAAGGGAAUCAAGGGAGGACUGAACAGACUUCCUGCUGCUGGUGUGGGCGACAUGGUGAUGGCCACAGUUAAGAAAGGCAAACCAGAACUAAGAAAAAAGGUCCAUCCAGCGGUGGUAAAUCGACAACGAAAGUCGUAUCGGAGAAAAGAUGAGGUGUUUCUUUAUUUUGAAGACAAUGCAGGAGUCAUAGUAAACAAUAAAGGCGAGAUGAAAGGUUCUGCUAUCACAGGUCCAGUCGCAAAGGAAUGUGCAGACUUGUGGCCCAGGAUUGCAUCCAAUGCAGGCAGCAUUGCAUGAUUCUCUGGUGUAUUUGUAAAAUAUUCAUUAAAAAGU